AUGAUCGGCAGACUGCCAAAGGCAGCGCGCUGCCGGCGCUGGCUCCUGCUGAUUGCACUCGCUCUUCCUGCAGAGGCGCUACUUUGCCCUGCCCUGUGCCCGAUGGCCACCACAGACGGCCACCCUGCUCCAUGUCGCUACCACUCCAACAACUGCAUCGUCCCCACGAUUCCAAACACAACCCGCGUCGCCAUGCACGAGCUGAACAUCGUGGUUAUGAAUCCGUAUUCCGGCGCGGCUGGUGACGUGGCCACGGUGUCAGAGCCGUUGUUGCAGGCAGCAGCGCAGGAGAUUGAGGACAGCAGCUUCCUCCCUGGCUAUCGGUUAAAAGUCCAUGUGGUGGAUGCAGAGUGUUCCGCUCCGAUAGGAAUCCGCCGGACGAUUGCUUCUCUCAGCGCCAGCCCACCGAAGCACGCGGUGCUGGGCGCCGUCUGCAGUGGUACCUCGGAGGGCGUCAACGAUGCCCUGUACCACUACAACGUGCUUCAGGUUUCUCCAAGUUCCGUCUCUGUGAGCUUGAGCGACCGCACCCGUUUUCCCUACUUUACUCGGGUGGUGCCUUCCUACCGCUUCAACGUACUGGCUCUCUUCGACGUUUUGAAGAUGCUCAACUUCAGAAGAGUGGGAAUUGUACACGGAGCCCGCAGCAUCAGCGUCCUGGCCAGGGACUUGCUCUUGGAGCUUGUGCAGCAAGACUUGGACUCCGGAGCCUAUCCCUGGACGGUGCUCCUUCAAGCACAAGUGCAGGACUUGGACAGUGCCUCGGAUGCUAUGGAUUUGGUGCGGAGCCGGGAUUCCCGCAUCAACAUGAUCGCUCUUUAUGAGGAUGAUGGAGCGGUGCUGCUUUGCCAGGCAUACAUCCGCGGCAUGCUGUCUCCAGACUAUGUUUGGAUGCUGUCCUCGGGUUGGUGGCUCCAGAACUUUGCUCAACUCGGCGCCGGAACCGCAAACUGCCCGUGUACUGCAGAGGAACUGCUGCGAACCGGCUUUGGAGCCAUGGGCUUCGACAUGGGUCCGAUGAUGAACACCAACGACAUGCAUGGUCUUUCGGGCCGCCGGCUUUCGGACAUCUACUCCGAUUAUUUGGCCGACUGCUCCGCCUUCGCGAAUGGGACAGGCCUCUGCUCCGUAGAGGUGGCGGGCUACACGUACGAUGGCCUGUGGCACAUCGCUGCGAUUCUCCAUGGCUUCCUUGUGGAGCAAAACAGGAGCUAUCACGAGCUCAACACUGAGUUUUCACGCGAGUCCUUAUACCAGCUCUUCCUUCAGCAGGACUACAUGGGAUCCACUGGGCGAGUCCGCAUCUUCAACAGCGUUGAGCCCACCACCAGUCCUCCUUCACACGGAGACCGGGAGGGGCAGAUUCUCAUCCGGCAGAUUACGAGCAUCUCUGCGCAGCCUUUCAGCCACCUGGGGAUCUGGUCGUCGACAGGAAUCACUUGGCUUGCCGACGUCGUCUGGAGCAGCACGAACAGCAGUCAGGCCAUCUCCUGCAGCAGUGGCACUUGCGAUAUGUCCACAGCCUUUAUCCCGGCGGAUCGCAGCAACCGGUGUCCGGCCGGCACUACCUGGAAGAAUGAACUUGGUUGCGACGCCUGCCCUUUGGGGCGCUUUGCGGCAGCCGGCAUGGACCAAUGCGAGCCAUGUAGGUUGGGAUCUUUCAGUAACGAGAGCGGUCUUGCAGAGUGCCGUGUGUGCCCAGCCGGCAGCGUCGGCAAGGCUCAGGGAGCGGAGCAGUGCAGCAUCUGCAACGAAGGAUUCUUCAUGAAUGAGUCUGGCUCAUCCCAGUGCCGCAAGUGCUACGAAGGCACAUUCGCCGACGAGUCUGGACUGACGCAAUGCCGGGAAUGCCCUGCCGGUCGGACCACCAACUUCCAGGGAGCCUUGGACGCGCAAGCUUGCACCUGCAAUGGGGACCUCUGGGAGGGCCAAUGCUUUCGCUGCGGAGACGCUACACGUUUCGAGCGCGGCAAGUGCGUGACAUGCCAAGAUGGACUGCAUUGUGAGGAAGGAGAAGCGCCUGUGAUUCUGCCAGGCUUCUACGCAACGCCAGAUUUGCCUUACGACGUCUACAAAUGUAUUCCUGCAGACAAGUGUCCUGGACCAACUCCAGGUGCAUGUGCUGGUGGUCGAAUUGGCGUGCCGUGCACACGGUGUCCGGACGGCCUAUCGUUUGAAGAUGGGAUUUGCAGUCCCUGCGGCAACCUGAGCACUGCGGGGUGGGUGGCAGCUAUGCUCUUUGGAAUGCUCGCUUUGGUCAUUGGGUACUACCUCAUGAACUCAGCAGCGACGGCAAAAGUCAGCAUGCUGUUCGCGACUACCUGCGUGCUCUCGAUGACGAUUACUAUGCUGCAAUCCGUGGGCAUUGUGGGCAUGAUAUCCUUUGACUGGCCAUCCGAGCUUUCUUGGAUCUUCGACGCCAUGAACCUUUUUCUCCUGGACAUCGAUUCAUUGGGCUUCGACUGUGUCGCGGGCAAUCCUAUCAACCGGUAUGGCUUCAGCGUGGCUGCGCUGCCCUGCGCUCUACUUUGGAUCAUGGUGGCUGGGCUGAUCAGCCGAGUGCUGCCCUUCAUUCCGCAUCACCGGCGCUUUGAAUUGUCGAAGACCUUGAGCACAAUGGGGCAGGUGAUACAAGUGACUUUCACCAUCGUCAGCAAGACUGCCCUGGAGCCAAUGAUGUGCUAUUCCCACCCCAACGGCAAACAGGGACUGAUGAAGCACAAUGGGAUCUUCUGCUUCGAAAGCCCGGAGCACACGAGCAUGCUCAUCCUGGGCCUGCUGCUGCUUUGUGGCCUCAUUGCCUUCUAUGCCUUGGCAGUCUUCGGCACGGUGUUCGCGCCGCGUGCUGCAAAGCAGGGCAGGGCAACGUUUCUCCAGUCGAUCCGCUUUCUGAUUGCGCGAUUCCGUGUGGAUUACUGGUGGUACGGCACUUUCAUGCUCCCUCGCGGGCUCAUGCUCUCCCUGUCGAUCGUUUUGGCUGCCGAUUAUCCCUAUGUUCAGAUGCUUCUCAUCGUUCUCAUACUGGAGUUGUACAUGAUGGUGCAGCUAAUCGUGUGGCCAUGGAAGCUUCCAGCCCUGAACCUUUUCGAUGGAAUCGUCAGCGUGUGCCUGGUCAUGAUGAUGGUGUGCAUGGGGGCGUUCACGCCUGCUUUGCCAGCUGAGCUGAAAGAGAGCCUGACGAGUGUGUCCAUCGCCAUUAUGGUGAUGAUGCAAGUGGUGGUUCUCGCGAUGGUGGGCGUGACUGUUUCUGCUAUGAUCUACCGCAAUGCUAUCGGCGGGUCAAAGGAGUCCCCUCUGUUGGCCUUGGGAAAGGUGCCCGACACCCAGGCCGGCACCAGUGCAGUUUUUCAGCAGCGAGCUUGCACGCGGUAA